AUGGCUCCGGAUUCGACUUUUUCUACAGUCAACAUUGCUGUUGCUAAUUAUGGUACGAAUAACAUUGGAAUAUUUUUCAAUUAUGGAAAUGGAACAUUUCAAGAUCACAUUCUUUAUUCGACCAUUCAUAAUUCCAACCCACCAUCGAUUGUUGUCGGAGAUCUAAACAAUAAUCAAUCGUUGGAUAUCAUCGUAGCUAACUCGAAUCAUCAGAAUAUUGACAUUUUCCUCAAUUAUUGA